UGUCAGCACUAGCGCAAUGUUCUACGCUUGCCAGUGUCUAAGUCAAAUAAUUCGAAUGCUGACUUAAUUUUUUUAACAAAAACAAAAAAAAAAAAUACAAAAAAACAAUAAAAGAAACAAACUGCUCGAUUAAGCGGCACGCUAUAAUUCUUUUAAGACACUAUGAAUGUAGUCUAAAUAUUUUUCGAACUUUACUCGAUUAAAUUGAAUAAAAAAACUUGCUUAAGCAGCUGAUUUUGCUGGCAAUACGAAGACGACGGUGUUAUUUAGUGUAUUGGAAGUGUGAAAUUGUGCUGUGCUUUUCGCUAAAUCAUUAUUAAAGUAAAGAAAAACCAACAAACUACAACAAAAAUAACAACAACAAAUAAUUUUACAAAAAUAUUUUGCAUUGCAAAUUGCAAAAUUUCCAUUUGUGUGAAUAAAAAAUGGUCUACAAAUCAGCGGUGAACAAGAAGCAAACAUUUUUGGCAAACCAACAACAAAAACAAUAGUAAAAGCUAGAAAAAACUAAGCUAAGCUGCGAUUAACACUUUGUCACACUAGAGUGAGGCAUUUGCUAAACCAAAAGUGUCGCAGAAAGGCAGAAAGAAACAAGGAAAACCUAAAUAAAAAAUAUUUGGAAAAAACAAAAACAAAAAAAUUAUAACUAAAUAAAAUAAAAUUAUUAAAACGAAAAAAAAAAUUCAAAAAAAGUAACAAAUAAAAUAUGUAAAUUUUCUAAAAAACAAAAAAAUAACCAAAAACAUAAAAAAAAUAAUUUAAAAGUGCAAAAAUAAUUGCAAAGCAUGCGAAAAUUAAACACGAAUUGCCGAAAAAAUAUAAAAUAAUUAUUAGAGUGUUUUACUUUUUUGCUUGUGUCACAACAAUUGAAAGCGAAAAUUGUGAAAGAAACCAAAUAAAAUCACACAAAAACGUAACAAAGCAAAGUUAAGAAGUUAAUAAACAAAAAAAAAAAACAAAAUUAUAACAACAAAAAAACCGCCGAAAAAGAUAAACACAACAUUGACUCACGUGCCCCCAUUGAUCGUUCGCACUCUUGCCGUCGCCGCAGCGGCCACUACGAAAGCGCUCUGUUGAUCGCGCGCACGUGCCUUCUUCACUCAAUGAUCAUCGCUUCGUUUGUGUCUACUGCUUGUUUUUCCUUCCUUUUUGUUGUUUUGUCUUGACUUUUUCUGCGGCACUUUUGCUGCUGUGCUGUAUGCAGGUGCUGUGGCAGCAGUCGUUUGAGUUUUUCGGCAGCCAAACAAAAACAAAAAACAGCAACAAAAUUAAAUAACAACAAAAUAUAGAGAACAACCGUUAGUGCAAUAAGCAGCUUCGCGCAGUAAAGUGCAGACAAUUCAUUGGUUGUUUGCUGCAUAGUGAUUUUGUGCGCAAUUAAGUCAUUAUAACUAAAACGCGCUACAACACACACACAAAGCAACAACUAAGUGUCGGCAGCAUAACUACGAAAACGAUAAAUUUUCAAGUUUUUAACGAAACGUGCGCGUAUAAUUGAAAAAAAAAUAUAUAUAUAUUCGAAUAUUUAUAUUUAACAGCAACAUCUGCUAUCUUCGACACACUUUUAACCAAUAUGUAAAUAUUAGCGGCUGAAAGGUCGUUUCUUCACACCGUUUUUUGAAGUCUCAAUUAUCCCAAAAUUUUAAAUAUAAAAAUAAUAAAUAAUAGUACCAUUAAUCUUUGUCAAUUAACAAUAUUCCAUUUCUUUUUCCCACUAAAGAAAUUGUAAUCAAGUGUUUUAGUAUUUUUUUCACAAGCCCGCGUAUCGAAAUCCCCUACAAAUUUCGUUUUCCUCCAUUAAUCACUCACAUAAGUGCAAUAAUAAACAUAAAUAAAAUCACUAAAUAAUAUAAUAUUAAUUAAAAUCAUUUAAUCUGUUGUGCAAAGUGAUGAGUUUUAAUACAACAAUUAAAUAAUAUACAAAACGCACCAAGGUGGCAUCACAUUACAACUUACAACUAAUAACAAGCUAACAAAGAAACGUCUUAACUUCAUUCAUACAACGAUUCUGUGAUAUAAGAACCAAAAGAUGAAGUCGUUGACCUUGCAGCUCAUCACGUUACUUCCGUUGCUGUUGUUGUUGUUAUUACCAACACAACACAGCCAAAAUAUGGUUGACGCAGCGGCGGAAGGGGAGCAGACAACUUCCGCUCACAUCGGUAAGCGUACAACGUCGACAACAACACAACAGCCACCAUCGUUGCGUGCGCCGCGACUCAUGCGCACACCGCGCCCUACCACGGUGAUGACGCAUCCGACAGCAAGAACAAAAACAACAACCAACAGACCUGCAACACUCAGCGCGCCGAAGCAACAGCCAUUGGCGCAAGCGGCGCGUCGUGCGGCACCCAACUUCAAAGCCGCUGCAGCAACGACACCGCCAUCAAUACACCGCCCGACACGCGGCGCUGAUGAGAGCGCGCCGACAAAUGUGCGCCAAAAUCGUAGCUUUCUAAGCGCGGCAGCGACGCAGAGCAUACAAAAUGGCAAAGCAGAUGCAGUGGCGCCGGUCGGUAGGAGCGCUGAUGCCAGCAAGACAAACAAACAAAUUGACAGCCGCCAAAUAAAGCGUGUCGCAUACAAGAACAACAAUGCAGGCCAACAACAACAACAAGGCAGCAGCAACAAUAGCAAUUAUCAAAAUGCCAGCGCCGAUGUAGCGCGCACGAGCGCUGUGACAAGCGCAGCUAAAGUGCCGGCAACGGCUUCAUUGUCGCCAUCUGUGACUGCUACAACAACCGUUAGCAGUGGCGCGUCACGUACCACGUCAUCAAUUGAUUCCAAAGCAAGCGUUGCGAUGACGAAUCAUCACCAGCAGCCGCCACUCCAGCGCCAGUCAAAACAAAUCGCCAACUUUGCGGCGCGAACCAACGUGCAACGCGAAACGCCGACACUGCAGACAGAAAACAAUGGCGCUGGCACGGCGAAUUCGACGCGUCUGCCGCAGACACCAAAAUCACCACGCAUGAUCCAUCGUCUUGUAGCGGGACACAUUCAAAAUGCGGAAGGACGUUCCACCUAUCAGGUUUCGGCCAUCACAGCCAACAGUACAACUAGUAAUUCAACAACGCAGAAACCCGCAUAUCAAUAUGUACGCACCAAAGGAGGACAACUGGCCAUGAGCAGUACAUAUCGUUUGACAAAAAUGAGCACAACUGCUGUCACACCAACGCAUACAGUUACAACUACAACGGCGAUUCCAUUUCAUAUGAAAACCGAACGCAAAGACACCACAUUGAAUGAUGAUGAUAAUGCAGAUGAUGAAGCGUUGUUGGAAGAUGACGGCGAUUUCGAUAAUUGGGAUAACGGUAUAUUGCGUCUGAGUGCCGGUUCAGGCAAAGAGAACACCGUUAAGUCGAAAAAAAUUAAGGACGAAUCAAAGAAGACACUUUCUGAUCAAGUACGUGAUGGCAAGUAUGGGCUAAUAGAAAAGGAAAUAUUUCGACGACCGCCCAAAAGACCUGGUGUUAUUAGUUAUUUACCGAAUAAGGAGACGCCCAUAGAUAAUGAACGCACAUUUGGUGGUCUCAAUGAAGAGGACAUUUGGCUGGCUGAGGAUCAUUUGCUUGUAAUCAAGGGUGGUAAUCUCAAUGAGGGCGAACCGGAUGAACCGUGGCCUCCCAUCGAUGAUUACGAUGCACCCGGUCGACAAAUCAAAAUACCACCGAAUCCAAAAGUCCCGCCACCAUUUCCCGUCCAGCUCGAGGAGAAUGGGCCGCUACAGUUUAUCGGAAAUAAUAAAUUCACGGUCGUCUAUCCGAUCGCUAACGAAUCGAUACCAGUUUAUCCCGCCGGCGCGGAAGCCAACUACCCAUCAACCGAAAGUGACAGUGACAACGAGAAAAAUCUUCUUACCCGGCCGGGAUCGACUCAAGAUACUGCGCAAGGCGAACCGGGUUACAACUACCCGGCACCCUCGCCGCCGUGGCUAUAUCACAACCAAACAUUCGUGAAUCCCUUCUUGAAUAAUGCACGACCCAUUACAUUCCCAAAUUUGGGUCCAUUCACUUUUGCACACAACGGUUCAUUGGACAAUUCGAAUGGUACCGAUUACUUCGAUGAAGAUGAUCCUUCAUUGUAUUACCCGCCCGCAUAUACUUUUAUCUAUAAAAGUAACUACACAAAUCCAGUGCCGCCGGGUCCAUUAGUGCCAGGAAUUGUGCUACCGCCACCCGCCAAUCAAUUUAGUCGUUUGGAGAAACCAGAAAAAGUCCAUACGCCAUCAAGACAUCGCGGUUAUGGUACACCUGCUCCCACUACGAGUACAACAACCACCACCACAAGUACUACUACUACUUCAACAACUACGACCUCAACCACAACUGAGGCGCCGCAUCGACCAAAAGUUAUCACGAAAAUACAUCAGUAUUCUCCCAAAACGAUUAUCAUCACACCAGAGCCACCACAUGCCGUACAACAUGUGCAACCGAGCAAACAACCGCCACCCCCACCAGCACCAACACCGACCGCGUCGCCACCAGAAAUCAUUCAGGCUAUCCCUGUGCCAGUGGCUGUUCACAUACCCAUCUUUCCGUCCCACAAAUAUCCACAAUCGCGUCCGAAUGCCAUCGCUUAUGAACCGACCACCCCGCGUAAUAACCAAGAACCACUUUCGAAAUCCAACCCCAUAUACUACGAAUACUUCGAGGCUAAGCGUCAACCUAACGGUGUUACUACAAAUGUUAUCGAUGAUUUCCUCUCCACUACCGAAAAGCCGGUACUGGCUAAACCAAUAAAAUUGUAUGCAACCAGCAAACGACCCUUCAAAUCACAGCCUCAAAACCAACGCAACUUCUUGCCACCACAGCUGCAGCCACAACGUCCGUACCUGCCACAAGAUGUGGUCUACAUCACACCCAAACCGGAAGCGGUGCGUUACAAGCGACCACCACAAGUGCCGAUCGAGCCUACCGUCUACAAACCACGUCCCCUAGAGAACUUUGAAGAGGAGGUGAAUGCGAUACGCGAAACACUGCGCUAUUACCAAAAUCAACAGUUGCGUGACAACAACAUACCGCGCACACCAAAAGCCAAACCUAUAUAUGAAUUCAAUUUCGAUGCGUCAAAGAAUUUGGAGCCGGCACAACCUACAGCGGGCGCUGAAGACUUCCAACCACCAGCCGAAUAUGAUGAAGCACCCUUCAAACCAAUGGUCACCUAUAGUCCACCCGUAGAUGAUGAAAAUUCUUUCCAAGCCAUUAAUGUAGAGAAGGCGAAUGCGCGCCUACAGCAGCAACAACAGCAAGAAGAGCAAUACUCACAACAACAACAGCAACAAGCGCGUUAUCAGUCGACCACCACACUCGUGCCAAUACAACCAGAUACGCCUUACCAACAAAUACCGCCUCUACCGCAAGGGCGUUCGAAGAAGCUGCGCUUAGGCGCCAAAUAUCUACAACAAACACCACUGCUACCCGAAUACCGCUCAGCCGAACCAGAGCCGCGUCAAUACCAAGGUAACCAGCGCACACAUGUCACCACGCAGGCGCCUUGGGUCUCAUUGAAUCAACAACAAGAGCUGAAUGAGUAUUCCCAACCGCCGCAGUACCAACGCAUUGAACGGCCACCGGUAGCUUUCGCACCCAAACAACGCGGUUUCAAUGGCUACUACUACGGUGGUCCGGCGCUGCAUGCACGUCAAAACAACCGCUUCUACGAGGAGCCAUUCCAACAGCGGCGCGUCAUCAACUAUCGCCAACCACCGCCGCCGCCACAGCCGAAUUAUCAGCAACCACAGCAACAACCGCAAACGCUGUGGAGCUUGGAGAACGAUACAUAUGUGAAUUAUGCACCAAAUCGGCCACCGCUCAAUCCGGACGCGGAAUACAUUAAUCCCUAUCAACCGGCAUUACCGCAAGGUCCUUUUCCGCCGCAAUUACAACGCUAUACAGCGCCACAACAAUCGGCAGGUCCAGCACUAUCACACCAAGCGCAAUACUAUGCGCCACCACAACUACAACCACAGCAGCGACAGCAACAACAACAACAACUGCCGCCACCACGUCAAUAUCAACCGCAAAUUCCGCUACAUCGUGACAUUUUGGUCAACUACCGGCAGCCAUUGCCGCCCAUCAACCCGGACAGUGAAUACAUCUCACAUCCGCAAGUGGUGCGACCACAAGCCUAUUCACCGUUAUAUCGAGCGAACGGCUUUCAGCGCCUGCCGCCGCAACUGACCGCGACGGGCGAGCAGGACGGUCUCUAUUACAUAGCGCCGAAAUUUCGACGCUCCAAUAAUAGCAACGGCAGUGGCAGAAGUAACAACGAAAAUAACAGCAACAAUAACAACAGUGGCAACAAUAACAACAGUAACAACGACAACAAAAAUAACAAUGACGACAGCAGCAACGACAGCCAAAGUCGUGGUGACGAGGGCGGCAAAACGAAUGCCGCCACAAAUACGAAAACGCCAACGCGCAGCAAUAACGGUAAUGUUAAUCACUAAACAAAAAGUGGCGGUGAUAGGAAAAGCAGCAAAGCCUUUUUAUAGCUAUGUUUGAUUUGUGGUGUAAGUGUCAGCGUACGGCCACGCAGCGCGGGUGUGUCUGGCUGAGUGACUGUUUGAUGGAGUGCUUGAAUGAUUGAAUGAGCACUUGUGCGUUGCUGUGCGUAUAACUGUGCUUUAACAAAUGCCUACCUUAACAGCUUGCGUUGCACCACCUGUAUUUAUUUGCCUGCCAACCUGCCAAUCCAUGAAUCGCUCAUUAGUACUAAGCGCGCUGCUUGUACUUCACCAACUAACAGCCGCGGCAAAGUCUCGCGGAGCGUAAGCCAAAUUAUAAGCGUUUCAAGUUGCCACAGCGUCGUUGUCUGUUUUUUGUGGGCCACGUAGGUAGUGGGUAAGUGUAGCAAUAUUAUUAACAAAUAAUAUUGACACAUUUAUUUUUAUUUGAAUUUAGCUGCAACACAUACUUUGGUGAUUAAAUAUGAGUGCUCUUAUGCUAAAUAUUAAGCGCUUAUGUUAGCGUAAAUUUUUUCUGGAAGUAUAGCUGUAUUUCAAUGACAGUUGCACUCAUAAUCACUGAAUUCUAAAUCCAGACAAAUAGAAUAAAAAGACAUAACAGAAAAAAAUUUGAAAAAAAUUGAAAUAAUUAGUCAAAAUUUUUAAAAAUUUGUUAAUGAAUAAAAAAUUCACCCACACUUAUCCUAGCAAAAUUCUCCUUAGUUAAUAUAUUAUGCGUUGUGUCUUAAUUAUGCUUGUCUGCAUUUGGAAUUUAUCGAUUUCAACUCUCUUUAUUGAAUUCUAAACUCUGAAAUUAUAAUUGUAUAGUUUGCCUCAGUCUCAUCAUCAUCAUCUUCAUUCCAAAUUAUUGAUAAAUUUUAUUACCAUAUAGUAUAUGGAUGAUUUUUUUUUUUUUUGAAACCUUAAGCAAAAUUCUCCAAUAUUUUAGUCGAAACGAGCGAUUUUUUAUUGUUUUUUUUAUUGUUUAACUAUUUCAUUUUCGAAAAUUUUGCCAGAAAAAUAACAUCAUAUGUUAUAACCAUUUAUUUACACAAGUUUUGAACAAAUAUUAUGAAUACUCACAUCACCUUUUAUAGUGCGUUCCAGCUUUCGUGAUAUUUACCUUUCCAAUACUAUUUUCUAUGAGUAAAACUCUCAUAUCUGAUAGCAAGUACUAUAUACAUAACUCUAGGGAAAGGUAAGGGUUUUAAGGUAAAAAAAAUACUUUUUUGUGAAUUUAUUUCUUAAAUAUGGAUUGAGUAAUUUCAUUCAGACCUUUUGUACAACAUUGAGCUCACUUUUGACAAUGUAAGUUAAUUUUUUCAUGCAGAAAUAUUGAAGCAUAAGCCGGUAACAGAGUUUCCCCCCGAACGUCUUGGAAAAAUUUUAUGCCGUGUUCACUGUUAAAGUUUAUAAUUUAGAUAUAGAAACGUUUUAUUCCUAAGAAUCGUUUAUUCAGAAUUAUAAACUUUAACAGAUUAUGAGACUUAGGAAAGGCAUAACCGAGAUAAGUAACCAAUCAAACGCUUAGUAAAAGAAAAUUUAGCGAUCGCAACUUACAAGUGAACUAAAGAAAAUAAUUUUUGCAACUAACAAUGGCUACUUCUGGGUUGUUUUCCAUUGAUAAGCUCGAUGACACAAAUUAUUCGUCGUGGUCAGUCCACAUGAAAAGUGUUCUUAUUCAUGCCGAUUUAUGGGGAAUCGUAUCUGGUAAGCAUGUGAAGAACGAAAAUGCAACGCUAGAAGAAUCAGCCGCGUUCGACGCAAAAGAUCAUAUCAUAUCGACGCAAAUCAUAUAAGACACUGCAUUACUUCACUAGAGGCCUGAAGGAAAUUACAAGAGAUCUACCAGCCAAGUGGACCAGCUCGUAAAAUUACGUUUUUCAAGAAAAUUCUGUAUCUUAGUUUGUCUGAGGGCGAAAAUGUUUCGGAAUAAACGAUUCUUACGAAUAAAACGUUUUUACAUAUAAAUUAUAAACUUUAACAUUCACCGUAACUCGGUGGAAAUUAUCCGGAAAUAAAAAACCAAGAAAAAUUAGUCAAAUUAUAAUCAAAUCUUCCCCUUAACGUUCUCUGAUAUAUUUUAUUUUUUUUUCUUUUUUUUUAAUUUUUGGCUGCCAUUUAAAGUGAAAACUGCUAUUUUCCACUAAAAAAUUCCGCCAUUUUGUGGGUGGAAAACACCCUUAAUGUAAAAAAAAAUACUAAACGUUGAGGGGCUGUAUUUUAUAUGUCAAAAAUCUUUACAAAAUGUGAAAUGAAUCGGUCAAGUAGUUUUAAAUUACAGUGAACACGGACUUUGGAAAAGUAAAAUUUAUAAACUAAAAAAGUGACGAAAAAAUUACUCUAUAUUGUCCAAAGCAUACUCAGUAAUGUACAAAAGGUCCGAACAAAAUUACUCAAUCCAUAUUUAAGAAAUAAAUUCGCGAAAAAAGUCAUUUUUUUACCAUGAAUUCCUUACUCCCCCCCUUAAUAUGUUUUUCCAUUCACACCCACGGAGAAAAAAGAGAUUUUGUUUGUUAAAUCGAUAAUCUCUACCAGGCUUCCAAAAUUGUCCAGCUAGUAACCGCGAAAAGCUUUUUAUCCCGCCAUCCGGUAUCGAAAAUAAUUUUGAGAAACUGCAUGACCAGCACCAACGUUCGAACAACAUUCCUUGAGCAGCGGUUUUGAUGCAAUUAUAUCAAUAAUCAGUCCUUUUUAUGAGUAAUUCGACUCUGAAAGAUACUUUUUAUAAUUAAUUCGAUUCUGAAUAAGAUAUUAGCUACUUAGGUUUUAUCAGCACUACUCCAAGUUUUUCUUAUGCUUCGAAAUCUUAUGAUUUAGGCUGUGGACUUCUUUCUUUCUUAAAACAUUCCGAUCAGCUGCAACUGGUAUGCCAGAAAAUUCGUCCAUUCCAACUAUUACAAAAUGUUUGCUUUCAAAAAAAUUAUGAAAAAAAAUGUAAAAGGCUGUGUGAUUAGGUAAAAAAAAGAAAACAAAAAUUAAAUACUUACAUAAAAAAAAAAUAGAAAAUAAUUUUCUAUGUUAAGAAAAUUCUAAAUUAAAAAAUAAAAAAUUUUUUUUUUCCAAAAAAUUGUAAA